GCCGACGCAAGACAGACAACAUCACCAGACAACAGCGAAAUACUGGAUUAAUUCGCCCGCUACUAAAAACACCACAGGCCGUGCUGAAAGAUAGACAUCAUGAACCCUGUUUAUAGCCCUGCUUCAUCAGGGGUUCCGUAUGCCAACCCUAAAGGAAUAGGAUACCCAGCUGGAUUUCCUGUGGGUUAUGCAGCAGCAGCUCCAGCUUACUCCCCCAGCAUGUAUCCUGGUGCUAAUCCAGCUUUUCCUUCAGGUUAUGCUCCAGGGACUCCUUUCAAAAUGUCCUGCUCCCCGACAACAGGUGCCGUUCCCCCUUAUUCUUCAUCACCCAACCCCUACCCAGCUGCCGUCUACCCUGUGAGAAGUCCUUACCCUCAGCAGAACCCAUACGCACAGCAGCAAGGCACUUACUACACACAGCCCCUCUACGCAGCACCGCCUCAUGUCAUUCAUCACACAACAGUGGUGCAGCCUAAUGGCAUGCCAGCGGCCAUGUAUGCCCCACCCAUUCCACCGCCGCGCCCCAAUGGAGUCACAAUGGGAAUGGUGGGAGGGACCACCAUGGCGAUGUCAGCUGGGACGUUAUUAACUACUCACUCUCCGACCCCAGUCGCCCCCCAUCCCUCAAUGCCCACCUACCGCCAGCCUGCCACUCCAACCUACAGUUAUGUUCCCCCGCAGUGGUGAACACGACACUGUCAAAAAGAUGGUAGAUAUGCAUUCUCACUGUCCAGUAUUUUUACGAUUGGAGCUGACGCUACAAGUGUUAUCAGCCAGUUGCUCUUCCUUCCAACCAUAAUGUGAAUCCGACUCCAGAUGGCAGACGAAAAGGAAAGAGUAUCUUCCCAGUCCGACUCCAUUACUACUUCCCAUCCUUCACUUCAUUCUACGACAUAUCUCACGGCCGAAGACCAGACAAAGCUCUUCAUGCUGAAUUGUGUUGUGUGGACUGUCUUGCAGUUUGUUUUUUAGCUAACUCUUUAAUUGGUGAAACCGGAAGAGAGUUGGAAUUAGUUUUAUUGGAAUGCAUGUACAUAUUUAGACAAAACAACAACAAAAAAAAAGGAUUAAGUAAUUAUAAUAAUAAUAAUAAACCAACAGCUACCAGCUACGACAGAUGCAAAACCAUCAGCAGCUAUCUGAAGCAAAAAUAAUCGGGACGGGGGAAAAACAACUGUAUAUUAAAUGCAAUGUCUUAAUUGUUAUUUCAUACAAAAUAUUAAUAACGUUAGCAUUUUUGAGGGUUAUUUUACCUGGUUUUAAUUAGGGUAUUUGUAGCUACAGGCAUGGUUCGUCUUCUUGGCGGUGAUGGCGUGUUUGUUACGGAUUUAUCCUGUUGGAGAGACGAACUUUUAGGGUUUGUGCCUCCGCUUCAUAUGCCUGUUUUUAGUUGAUAAGUUUCAUCACUCUACAUGCUCUCGCUGCAGUUAAUUGUUGCACUAAUUGCCUGUGUGUGUGUACAUAAAUUGGUUGAUUGAGCUGUAUUGGUGCUGAGAGCAUGCUAUAACUCAUUCGUGUACCUCUGGUUUGGUUUUCUUAACUUUUAAAAGUCUUCUAGAAGGAUUAAUAUUGGAAUUGCGUUGGGCUGCGACAUUUUAAUUGAUGAAUCGUUAAUGUGGUUGCUUACAAAAAAGAGGAAAAGUCAAUUAAGUUGAUUUGAUAACACUACUGGUUACCGUUUGAGGAGGGGAAUUUGAAAUAUUUAGUUGUUAUUAUUGACCCAAAACAUCGCUUGUUACCUCAAAAUGACACCGUAACUGAUUUUCAUCGUCUUUUUACUUUAUACAUUGCCUACGUCACUUCGGUUAAAGAAUGUUUUGUAACGUUUAAUGUGUUUUUUGUUUUGUAUUUUCAAGAAAGACCAAAAAAUAAAUACAGUAAUAAAUUAGGA